AUGUACAAAGUGAAUCCUGACGGGUUCACUCGCCAGACAAAGGAGGCUCUUGCAGGGGCCCAUGAGCUGGCAAUGCGUGCCGGUCAUGCGCAGUUUACUCCUCUCCAUCUUGCCGCGGCUCUACUUUCGGAGCCACCUGGGAUUUUCCAUCGAGCGAUCAACAAUGUUGGGGUUGAAGAAGCCGCAAAAGCAGCAGAGAGAGCGUUUAACCAAGCUUUGAAGAAACUUCCUUCUCAGAGCCCACCUCCCGGUGAGAUACCCGCAAGCCCUAGCCUAAAAAAAGUAAUCGGGCACUCCCAAGAGCCUCGUGACGACAUCUACUUGGCGGUAGAUCAGUUGAUAAUUGGCCUUCUCGAGGAUUCACAAAUUGGGGAUCUGCUCAAGGAAGCUGGGGUUGCUACUGCAAGAGUGAAAUCGGAGCUCAAGAGGCUUGCUAGGAAAGAAAGGAAGAAGGUGGGGAGUGCAUUGGAUGACAUUUUCUUUCCGGCAUUGAAGACAUAUGGAAGGGAUCUCGCGGAGCAUGCUGGUAAAAUUGACCCUGUUAUUGGGCGAGAUGAGGAGAUAAAGAAGGUUGUAGGGAUCCUGUCGAAGAGGACUAAGAACAAUGCAGUUCUUAUUGGACAGCCAUGUUUGGACAAUACGGCUAUUGUGCAAGGCGUAGCUGAGAGAAUAGCGAGAGGAGAUGUGCCCAGCAACCUUGGGGGUGUUAGGCUUAUUGCGUUGGAUAUGCAUGAUUUAAUACUUGGAGUCAAAUAUGGACGGAUAUUUAAGGAGCGAUUGGAGGUGGUCUUGAAGGACGUUGCGCGGGCCAGAGGAAAAGUGAUAGUGUUUAUUGAUGAAAUUCACCUUGUUCUUGAUGCUUGGCAACCACCAUGGACCGUUGCGGCCAAUUUGUUGAAACCCAUGCUCGCCAAGGGGCAACUUCGAUGUAUUGGCGCUAUGACAUUUGAGAAAUACAGGAAGUGUGUAGAGAAAGACGCGGCACUUCUUAGUAGGUUCCGACAGGUCCAUGUGGCAGAACCUAGUGUGCCUGAUACUAUAAGCAGAGGAUUAAAGGACAGACAUGAACGGCACCUUGGUGUUCGAAUUCGUGAUUGGGGUCUUGUUGCCGCGCAUCUAUGCAGCAAAUACAUAACUGGUUGUCAUCUGUCUCACAAAGGGGUGGAUAGCCAGCCAGGUGGGAUCGAUAAUCUCAUGCGGUGGAGAAUGCAACUAGAAGAAGCCAGUCAAGCCCACCUAGUUGAGGUUCGUGAAGAGUUGGAUAACUUGAGGGAGAAACGUGAGCCACUAAUGAGGAAGUACAAGAAGGAAAAAGAAAGGAUUACCGAGGUGAACUCAAUGUUGACUGAGACUGUUGGACCAGAACAUGUUCACGAGGUUCUGAGCAGCUGGACUGGCAAACCUGUCUCGAGGCUUGGCCAGAAUGAGAAAGAGAGGUUAGUUGGACUGGCUGAAAGGCUGCAUCAGAAGGUGGUUGGGCAAGAUCAAGCAGUCAGUGCUGUUGCGGAGGCAGUAUUGAGGUCAAGAGCUGGGUUGGGAAGACCACAACAAACAACUAGCUCGUUCUUAUUCUUGGGUCCGACCGGUGUUGGCAAGACCGAGCUCGCCAAGGCCCUCACUGAGCAGCUCUUUGACGAUAAAAAUCUUCUAAUCCGGAUUAAUAUGUCGGAGUAUGUUGAGCAGCAUUCUGUGUCAAGAUUAAUCGGUGCCCCUCCGGGUUUUGUUGGGCAUGGAGUAGGUGGGCAACUAGCCGAGGCUGUGAGGCGUGGGCCCUACGGUGUUGUGUUAUUCGAUUGGGUGGAGAACGCACACGUAGCUGUUAUGAAUAAACUGCUCAAGGUUCUUGAUGACGACAGAUUAACUGAUGGCCAAGGUGUAACGGUUGACUUUAGGAAUACCGUAAUCAUCAUGACCUCAAACCUUGGAGCAAAGCAUCUACUGUCAGGCGUGAUGGGCGAAUGCACAAUGCAAGUUGCCCACGAUCGAGUCAUGCAGGAGGUGAGGAGGCACUUUAGGCCCGAGUUGCUGGAUCUGUUCGACGAGAUCGUAGUGUUUGAUCCUCUCUCGCAUGAACAACUGAGGAAGGUGGCUAGACUACAAGUGAAGGAUGUUGCGAGUAGAUUGGCUAAAAGAGGCGUUGCUUUGGCUGUCACUGAUGCGGCUUUGGACUUUGUCCUAACAAAGCGUUGUGAUCCGGUUAACGGUGCUUGGCCAAUCAGGAGAUUGGUGGAGCAGAAGUUGGUGACGAAGCUUUCGCAAAUGCUCUUGAUGGAGGAGAUAGACGAGUACUCGACUGUGUACAUUGAUGCAGGGCCCAAUGGGCAAGAUCUUGCGUACCGUGUGGAGAAGAAUGGAGGCUUUGUGAAUGCCUUCACUUGGCAGAAGUCCGACGAAGAUAGAAGAAAUCGAAGAUGAUGAUGAGACGUACGAAUGAAGGCUUUGAAGUCUGGACAUAGGAGUGAGACCUGAGAGAUCUAUGGAUUCUCCUGCAAAGUUUUAAUUAGCUGGUUUUAUCACGUCGUUUGCCUUAAUUGUGACCCCUUUUCCUGAUUAAUUAGGUAGAAUCUGGUAUUGUAAUGUUUGAAGAUAAAGUUGGGAGAUUUUCAAUCUCCAAUUUCGUAUGCGACUGUUUCAGUAUA